AUGGAUGAUAUUGCACGUUGCUUUUAUUUUGUGUUGCUAAACCUGAGUGUCGACGAAUGCCCCCCAGUUCGGUCUUUCUGCCCACGGGCGGGACACUACGUGGUGCCGUUGGUGUGUAGCAACGACGGAGUUUGCACCUCGCCUGAUAAAUGCUGCUACGAUGCAUGUCUGGACACCAACAUUUGCAAAACCGCCGUCAAACGGUACCGAAGGUCGUUUCCGGACCAAAGCGACAGCGAUGACCUCGGGGCAGCCAAGGUCUCCAGUGUCAUCUUGACGGAGGGAGGAAACCCUGUUAGUGUCGUUGUUGAUGGCGGUGGCAAUCCCGUGACACUGGUGGAAGGAGAUGCUGUGACAAUCGUUGCGACAGUAAACAUUCAAAAUCUAACCUAUUUGUCAGAGUCGGAUAGCGUAACCUCAAAGAAAACGAGGAGAGCAAUUGUAGCUGAAAGUGAGAGAGUAUCUAGCAACGUCAUAUUAUCACCUGUUGACGCCGUAAGCAUUAUAAAAAACAGGUAUGGCAAUGUUAUUGUAAACGAAGAUAAGCCACUGAUAUUGGUGCAGAGGGAAAGGGGUCCCACCAUAAUUCUAAAUGACAAUGGCUUGAAAGUGAUAGCUGGGCAUGACCCAAGUGAGGGUGAUGUCUUGGGAGUUGUCACCCUACUACUGUUCCGUAUCUAGAAGUGCAUUCGCAUCAUCCACCGUCGAGCGACCCAGAGAAGGACCCCAUUAGGGUUCUGGUGAAGAGCGAUGGCAAC